UCUGUUACAUCACUUAAAGGAGCCAUCCCGUCUGUGUGUGUUCAAACAUGCAUGAUCUCCUUUGGGUCAUUGAUUAAACAUGUAGUACUGUUGUGUAAAAACGGUACCAUUAAACUGGUAAAUCAUAAACACAUGGAAGUAUUCAAUAAAUAUUUAUUGUGUUCACUACGGUUUAGUCUUUAAUUAUCUUUAUUUGUGAUAAAAAGGCUACUAAUGGGUGUGUUUCUGGAAGUUAUUUCAUCUUCACCAUCUUUUAUCAUUCUCAUUCUCCUUGUCAUCAGUGUCCUUCUCCUCCUCCUCAUCAUCGUCACCAUCAUCAUCAUGGUCAUCAUCGUCCUCCUCCUCUUCAUCAUCAUCAUCCUUCUCCUCCUCCUCAUCAUCGUCACCAUCAUCAUCAUGGUCAUCCUCCUCCUCUUCAUCAUUAUCAUCAUUAUCGUCCUCCUCCUCCUCCUCAUCAUCAUCACCAUCAUCAUACUGGUCAUCCUCCUCCUCCUCCUCAUCAUCAUCAUUACCAUCAUCAUCAUGGUCAUCCUCCUCCUCUUCAUCAUUAUCAUCCUCCUCCUCCUCAACAUCAUCACCAUCAUCAUCAUGGUCAUCCUCCUCCUCUUCAUCAUUAUCAUCCUCCUCCUCCUCAACAUCAUCACCAUCAUCAUCAUGUUCAUCCUCCUCCUCUUUAUCAUCAUCAUGGUCAUCAUCGUCCUCCUCCUCUUCAUCAUUAUCAUCCUCCUCCUCCUCAUCAUCAUCAUCACCAUCAUCAUCAUGGUCAUCAUCGUCCUCUUCAUCAUUAUCAUCAUUAUCAUCCUCCUCCUCUUUAUCAUUAUUAUCAUUAUCACCAUACUCCUCCUCCUCUUCUUCAUCAUCAUCAUCAUCAUCAUCCUCACCCUCCUCCUCUUCAUUAUCUUCAUCCUCAUUCUCAUCCUCCUCCUCUUCUUUAUCGUCAUCAUCAUCAUCCUCUUAAUCCAAUUCCUCCUCCUCUUCCUCCUCAACUUCAUCAUCAUUGUUACAUCCAGACAGGAACACAUCUGAACUCCAACAUGUGGACGGUGAGACUUUUGAGCCUUCACAGAAGUCCUGCUGUGCUUUUAAGAGCUUUAAUCUUUAUUCUUCAGUGAGAGGGAAGAACCUGAUCCCUCACACAGUCAAGAUGGUUUUUCAACCAUGAAAAGGUUUUCAUUUUUUUUGUAAUACACUUCAGCCCACCCUCCCGUAUGCUGACUCAGAUAGAUGUUUGGCUCUUUGUGUCAAAAAUAAAGUGUAUGAUUAUGAAAUGGUUUUAAAGGACACUAUUGGGGACAAUAUGGUCAAAUGAAAAGGGCAGUAGGACGUGUCAAUAUUUAAGAAUAACUAUGAAUAGAAACAAUGUUUAAAAUCCCCAAUCCACUGUGAGGCCAUCUGUGUCAGCAACCUGCAGCAUAUUUCACAAUGUUAAAAUGUGUUGCCAGGUUGAUGAAAUCAGAUUGAGAUGAUGUGAGACCUAACUCCUAA